CGGCGACAACAACAACAACAACAACAACAUUUUUUUUAGGACAUAUUUUGUUAUUUUAAAUACAUUCUUCUAUAGAACAACACGAAAUAUGGAAUAGUUUUUGAUAAAGACAAAAUACAUUGUAGGAACCUUCCAUCAACCAGCUGAACAUGGCGAACUCAACCGCGUUGCUUAGCAACACUCUAGUAGCAACCAUGGAAACCAAUAUAACAAACAGCACAGUCACCCAUUCAGGGACACUAUCUAUAGAUAACCUUUAUCCAGCCAUAUUUCAGUGCUUCACUAUUAUUCUUGCUGGUUAUAUUGCCGGGAGGGCUGACCUGAUCACUCAGUCUCAGGGUCAAGGCAUAGGGACGUUUGUUGGUAAAUUUUGUUUGCCAGCCUUGUUGUUCAAAAGCAUGGUUGAGCUAAACUUCGAUCAAGUGAAUUGGUACUUUUUACUAGGAAUAGCAAUCUCAAAAACAGGCGUGUUUUUAAUAGUGGUGGUAUUGACUUUGCUUAUACGUAGACCGAUGCACUUAGGAUAUGCUGGAAUGUUUGCUAUAUUUGCCACUCAGAGCAAUGAUUUUGCACUUGGGUAUCCUAUUUUGAAAGCUUUGUAUUCGGAGAGCAACCCGGAAUAUUUGCAAUAUAUCUAUCUUAUUGCACCAAUCUCCUUGCUUUUCCUAAAUCCGGUUGGAUUCACCAUGUUGGAGAUUCACCGACGUAAUGCUGAUGUGUCGCAGCGCAGCGGAAAAUGUCACCUGGUACUACAUGUGACCAAAGAUGUAUUGUCCAAUCCUAUUGUCUUCAUGGUGCUUAUCGGGAUAGCAGGCAACUUCCUGUUCAAACAGAACGUGCCCACAGUGAUUGGAGACAUUCUUGAAGUUCUAGGAAAUGCAUACAGUGCCACAGCUUUGUUUUAUCUUGGGUUGAGCCUAGUGGGUAAAGUUCAAGGUCAACUGGGAGUCAAUCUCAUUGGCCCAAUGCUUCUGAUAGGAGCCAAAACACUUUUACUUCCAUGUAUUACGUGGCAAGUUGUUGGUGCCCUGGAAAUGAACCAGAUGAAUAACUCGAAAUCUCUCAGUAUGUAUGGCUUCCUGUAUGGGACGUUUCCAACAGCGCCCUCUGUGUUCCUUUACGCUAGUCAUUUCUCUGUGGCUCAGGACAUUGUGAGUACAGGGGUAUUAGCAUGUACAUUCCUGUCAGGCACCUUCUGAAUGUUUGUAUCACUAGAUGAAUGAACUGUUGUAGUAAACAGUGAGAUGGACUACAAAGCGUUGCUAGUGGAUACAUCCUUUGAUCUCAGUGUUGUUUCUCUUGUGUGCAAUGUUUGGAUUUUCUUCGUGAUUUGUCUCAGCAGACGACAUAAAAAGAUGCCGCAUCACUUCCUUUUGUGUCUAGUAUUCUGUCAGACAUUAUCAUGUAUUGGAAUGAUUAUAUAUGAUGGACUAGACACAAAGGUAGCAUGGGAACACUACACGCAGUUCAUCAUACUGAUUGUCGGAGUUUUGUCAAGUCGAUGUUUCACUGCUGUGUUGUCCGUGGUCUUGUACCUGCUUCAUUGCAGAAGUCUCUGCUUUGUACUGCGGUUCAAAAUCUGGUUUUACCUGUUUGGUCUUGGCCUACCAGUGUUUACAACGGGAAUGUUGUUGUUGCUAGGGAAACAUCACAUGCAUGAUGAGAUUGAUCCAUCAUUUCACUAUGGGGUAGAUCAGGCUGUACUAUCUGUGGUUUUACUGAGUGUUUGCUCAGUUAUCAAUAUCACAUUCCUCGUGCUACAACAGAGAAAUUCUCGCCAGCAUAAGGCUAAACAUGACAUCAAGGUCAGGUCAAAGGUCAAAAGGUCAAGACAUAGAGGUCAAGGUGACGAGGAGUCAGUUACAGAUAGACUUUUACCAGAAGAUGAGGAAAUUCCAAGCCCUCAGCACACACAGAGUAGUAGUAGAACCAAGCUUCUACCUGAUGAAGAUGUGAAUAGUGAUAAUAGGAGAUACAAAUCAAUGUCGUGUGCUGCUUGCACAGAGGAUUGUGAGGUCAAUUUAUACAAACAUACAGUUCGUCAGACUUCUACAAAUAUUGAAGAUAUCAUUCCGUUUCCUGAAAACAUGCAACCAAAUCGGCCCAAAAGAAAUGGUGGUAAUCGUAACGCCAAGGAAGUGACCGCUACUAAAGACACACCAAAAUCGGAAAGUAGUUCAUCGUCAUCUUCAACUAGUGAUGAUGCGUACUGUGAUACCAUACAGUCAUACGAGUGUAGUAACGGAACGUGUAGUUAUCAACAGAGAAGGCAAUGUGCAGGACUUUUACGAUGUUAUAAUGCUUCAAGUAGAAAUAUACAGGUUGGUGAAACAGGAGAGGUUGAGGUGAAAGUAAGACAACGCAAGGAAACAGAUGAGUAUCAGACUGGGAAAUUCCUCAUUCUACUAUUGUUUCUACAAGUUUCAAUGUUUAUGGGGUUAUUUAUCUGUCUCUGGAGAUUAUUUAACAAUAGCAAGUCAGGAAUAUAUGUGGAACUAGAGUUUCUAGAUAGUUUUCUAAACUAUGGCCAGGGGUUGGUUGUAUUUGCAAUAUUUGGGUUUGAUACACGUCUGAUGAUUCUACCAUGUAUAAGAAGCAAACAAUGGAAGGCUGUGAAAAAUCUGUUUUAUAGGUGGCGUAAAUGGAUGUAUGGGGCUGAAAUUGUUCACAUUCCGUCCAAGACAGAAUUGACAGAGGAGGAGAAACAUCUCUGUGAUCAGUUUGUUAAAUAUCAUCGUGAGAAUUGUCAACAGGAUAUUGUCCGUGAUAUGAAUUACAAGUUCAGAACAUAUAACAGAGUGUUUUGUGGUACAUCAUUCUGUGACUGGAUGGUUGAAGUUGGUCUAUGUAAAGGCAGGGGCGAGGCUGUAACAUAUGGACAGACACUCCUUAAAGGCCAGGUCAUAUGUCAUGUGACUGCAGAACACGAUUUUCAUGAUAUGCCAUAUUUUUACAGUUUUUUAGAUGAUAAUGAUGAUAAUUAAUUUAAAAACUUAAUCAAAGCUUACUUUAAUUAAAUAUCAGUUCUUUUCAGGUAAAUCUCGUUUAAUUGUUUAAAAAAAAAUUAUUGAAAGAAUUUCGUUUUGGAGCAUACCGGAGACUUUGUCACCUUAUGUGGAAACAAAUCUAGUCUUAUUGUUGCAAUACACCUUUACAAAGGUCUCUGUCUGUAUUUAUUUACUGUGAAAACACACAGAUGUAAUUUUUGAAACUUCUGAGCAAAGGGUAGUCUUCCUAAAUUUUCUUUUUAAAUGAAUAUUGUUACAUUCAGUCAGAAGUGGCCAUCCAAUAUCUGCUUUGCUGUCUAUAGAUCACCAUUGAAGAUUACUUUGCAUGUUAUCCGAGCUUUGUUAAUAAGCAACUGGAAAAGUGAUCUGCCUGUGCUUAACCAUCUUUCGGGUAUGCACCGGAACGAAAUUUUUUCAUGAAAAAGAAUUAGCAAUGAAUAGUGAUAACUUUUUUAAAUAGGUUUUUGUAAAUUAUUUCUUGAAGUUCAGCGCCACAGUUAUGUGGAGGCACAUUGAGGUAGCUCUCUUUAUGUAUUUUUUGGGACCAGUUUUGACAAUAUUUAAUUUCAAAUAUUAACGUUCUAUUUAUGUAUAUAAUGCAGUAAAUUUCCCUUAAAACUACUACUAAAAAGUCGGCUCUGGUUACAGCCCUGAACUUAAUAUGUCCUUUUGUCUUUUUCAUUACCGUUAAACCUGGAUCUUCUGGACUUGUAAAUUUCAUUUCAGACUUGUAGGAAUUUGCAAGUUUAUUUUUGUAGAUAAAACCGAUUGUAAGGAUUGUUUUGUGGGUUUUUUUGUCAUAGGGGCAUUAAGGAGCUUGUUUUUGCAUUUAUGAUUUAAUUGGAUAAAAUCAUCAGCACAGUAAAAUUACUUGGAAAUAUGUUGCUUGUUAUGAGAAGCUUUUUAUCGUCUAAACUGAAUUUUUGUUGCUGGAAUUUUUAUGCAGAUAAUCAGAUGUUUUAGUUGUUAUUGGAUACACUGUCUCAUUAUGUUUAUAUUGUUGUAUUGAAGGCUUUUGAUUCAUUAUACACUUAAAAGGAUUUACACUUAUAUGAAAGUGUAUAGAUUUAAAGAAAAAAGUUUUAAUAAAAAAAAAUAAUAAUAAAAAAAAAUAUUUUGAGCCAAUGAUGAAUUAUGAGAUACUGUAUUUCAUUAGUGAAAUAUAAUUUAUAUAACUCAAAGUGAAGACUUUCACUACCCAUAAAAUAACAAAAAAUAUAUUUUUUUUUUGUAAAAUUUAAAAGCAUUUUUCUUAUUUUGCUUCAGGAAUUUCUUAGUGAGAUAUGUUCUGUAUUUCAUAAAAACUAUUUAUUGCACCACUUUUCAUAUCCACCAUACACAGUGCUGCAUGAAAAAUUCUCAGUGAGAAAUUUUCAUAUUUUUUUAUGUUUUUUAACCUCAAAGCCUGGUCUAGAGGUUAUAAUUUUUUUUUGCCGAGUUCCGUCUUAAAUCUCAGGAUUUUCAUUGGUCAGUGUAUACUCUGUAGCAGUUUCUGACCAAUCAAAUACCAGAGAUCUGAAACUGAGCUCAGAGAAUUUCUUAAUAACCUAGGACGGUGUCCUGUUCUAUCUAUGUUUAAUUUUUAGCUCACCUGUCACAAAGUGACAGGGUGAGCUUUUGUGAUCGCUUUUCGUCCGGCAUCCAUCCGUCCAUCCGUUUUCUGUCCGUAAAUUUUUGCUUUAAAUGACAUCUCCUCAUAAACCACUAAGUCUAUUUCAUCCAAACUUCACAGGAACGUUCCUUUGGUGGUCACCUUUAAAAAUUGUUCAAAGAAUUUAAUUCCAUGCAGAACUCUGGUUGCUAUGGCAACCAAAAGAAAAAACUUUAAACAUCUUCUUCUAAAUAACCCAAAGAGCUAGAGCUUAGAUAUUUGGCAUGAAACAUCUUCUAGCAAGUGUCUACCAAGUUUGUUCAAAGAAAAGCCCUGGGGUCAAAAUUGGCCCAGCCCCAGGGGGUCAUUGAUUUUCCCUAUAUGCAUAUAGUAAAAACUUUAAAAAAUCUUCUUCUAAAAAACCAAAAGAGCUAGAGCUUAGAUAUUUGGCAUGAAACAUGUUCUAAUGGAUGUCUACCAAGUUUGUUCAAAUAAAAGCCCCAGGGUCAAAAAUGGCCCCGCCCCAGGGGGUCAUUGAUUUUCCCUAUAUGCAUAUAGUAAAAACUUAAAAAAUUUUCUUUUAAAGAAUCCAAAGAGCUAGAGCUAAGAUAUUUAGCAUGAAACAUCUUCUAAUGGGUGUCUACCAAGUUUGUUCAAAUAAAAGCCCUGGGGUCAAAAUUGGCCCCGCCCCAGGGGGUCAUUGAUUUUCCCUAUAUGCAUAUAGUAAAAACUUAAAAAAUCUUCUUCUAAAAAACCCAAAGAGCUAGAGCUUAGAUAUUUGACAUGAAACAUGUUCUAAUGGAUGUCUACCAAGUUUGUUCAAAUAAAAGCCCUGGGGUCAAAAUUGGCCCCGCUCAGGGGGUCUUUGAUUUUACCUAUAGGCAUAUAGUAAAAACUUAAAAAAUUUCUUUUAAAGAACCCAAAGAGGUAGAGCUAAGAUAUUUACCAUGAAACAUCUUCUUAUGGGUGUCUACCAAGUUUGAUCAAAUAAAAGCCUUGGGGUCAAAAUUGGCCCCGCCCCAGGGGGUCAUUGAUUUUCCCUAUAUGCAUAUAGUAAAAACUUAAAAAAUCUUCUUCUAAAAAACCCAAAGAGCUAGAGCUUAGAUAUUUGGCAUGAAACAUGUUCUAAUGGAUGUCUACCAAGUUUGUUCAAAUAAAAGCCCUAGGGUCAAAAAUGGCCCCGCCACAGGGGGUCAUUGAUUUUCCCUAUAUGCAUAUAGUAAAAACUUAAAAAAUUUUCUUUUAAAGAAUCCAAAGAGCUAGAGCUAAGAUAUUUAGCAUGAAACAUCUUCUUAUGGGUGUCUACCAAGUUUGAUCAAAUAAAAGCCCUGGGGUCAAAAUUGGCUCCGCCCCAGGGGGUCAUUGAUUUUCCCUAUAUGCAUAUAGUAAAAACUUAAAAAAUCUUCUUUUAAAGAACCCAAAGAGCUAGAGCUAAGAUAUUUAGCAUGAAACAUGUUCUAAUGGAUGUCUACCAAGUUUGUUCAAAUAAGAGCCCUGGGGUCAAAAUUGGCCCCGCCCCGGGGGUCAUUGAUUUUCCUUAUAUGUGUAUAGAAAAAACUUAAAAAAUCUUCUUUGAAAAAAACCAAAUAGCUAGAGUUUAGAUACUAAGCAUGAAACAUCUUCUAGUGAUUGUCUACCAAGUUUGUUCAAAUAAAAGCCCUGGGGUUAAAAUUGGCCCCGCCCCGGGGGUCAUUCCUUUUCCUUAUAUGUGUUAUACAAAAACUUUAAAAAAUCUUCUUUGAAAAAACUCAAAUAGCUAGAGUUUAGAUAUUAAGCACGAAGCAUCUUCUAGUGAGUGUCUACAAAGUUUGUUCAAAUAAAAGCCCUGGGGUUAAAAUUGGCCCCGCUCCGGGGGUCAUUCCUUUUCCUUAUAUGUGUUAUACAAAAACUUUAAAAAAUCUUCUUUGAAAAAACUCAAAUAGCUAGAGUUUAGAUAUUAAGCACGAAGCAUCUUCUAGUGAGUGUCUACAAAGUUUGUUCAAAUAAAAGCCCUGGGGUUUAAACUGGCCCCGCUCCAGGGGCCUAUAUACAGGUAAGCGACUUCAGGGCCAUCAUGGCCCUCUUGUUCUAUAAUUUGUCUUUUUUGUUUGUGCAAUAUGUUGUCAUUGUCAGAUAUACCUAAUUGUUCAUUAAUGCUACAAUGUCUGUGUGGAGAAUGUUGAAUCUUUCACUAACCGUUCACCUCCUGUGUUUCUUUAAUUGACUGGUCCAUUUUCUAUUUUUGUAAGUGGUUAUUUAUAUUUUUGGCGGGAAAUCGGGAUGAAAA